GUCAAUAAGAUCACUUUAUUUCCAUCAAAACGUGAAGAAAAGGCGUUCAACAUGGAAACUUUAGCGAAACCACAAAUUAUUUGCCACAUUGAGAAAGUUUUAAACUAUACAAUUCACGAUGUUAAGUGGAUACCGGCUUCUGCCAAGUUUGUAGCCAUUGGCGGCAAGUCUAACGGCGCAGGGGUAAUAGAAACGUACGAAUUGAACAAUCAAGGCGCUGAAAAACUCAGUGAAUUCGGCAAGAAAGAACAUUUUAAGUGUGGAACAUUCGAUGCUUCAUCAUUGAGGAAUAGACAUUUAGCCACUGGUGAUUUUCAAGGAAGAUUACAAGUUUGGGAUCUGGAGAAUAAUCUAGUCCCUGUUUAUGCUUCUUCUAAGCAUAAAGGUAUUAUUAAUGCAAUUGACGGUAUUGCAGGGACUAGCAUAGGAUGUGGCGCACCGGAAAUUGUCACAGGAUCAAAAGAUGGAACUGUAAUGGUUUGGGAUGUACGACAAAAAGAUGAUCCUGUCGCCAUAUUCAAAGCAGCCAAAGAAGGACAAUCACGAGAUUGCUGGACUGUUGCCUUUGGUAACUCAUACAACUCAGAAGAGAGAAUUGUAGCAGCUGGGUAUGAUAACGGCGACAUAAAAAUGUUUAACUUGCGCACAAUGAAAGAACAAUGGUCUAAAUGUGUUAAAAAUGGCGUUGUUUCACUGCAAUUUGACCGAAAAGAUAUCCAAAUGAACAAAUUAGUCGCAACUACUCUGGAAUCUAAAAUAAUUCUCUUUGAUGUGCGUACACAACACCCAACACGUGGUUUUCCGCACUUGUCAGAGAAAGCGCACGAGUCUACCGUCUGGCAAGUGAAACAUUUGCCACAAAAUCGCGAGAUAUGCAUGACUACAGGUGGAGCAGGUUCAAUGUGCCUCUGGAAAUACGUGUAUCCAGACAAAAGAGUAGACAAAGAUGGCGACGGUGUACCAAUCGGCGUGAUUGGUGAGUUACAAAUGAUACAAAACAGCACCGUAUCAGGUCAACCACUCUGCGGCUUCGAUUGGUGCAAGGAUAAAAUCGGCCUCGCUGUUUGUUGUUCUUUCGAUCAGACAAUCCGUGUUCUGAUCACAACAAAACUCAACUUAUACUAGACUGGUAGGUAGUACGAAAAAUAUUCAGUUAUGGUUGGGAUAAAUUGAAUAUUUGAGUUGUUUGUGUACGUUUUUUACAAUAAAUAUGUAUUAAUACCCGCG